AUGGCCUCUGUUAAAAAAAAAACCGACGUUUACAAUAGUCAUCAAGCAAAUGGCGCAACUCAAAAAUCAAACACCACAAAAAAAUUUGGACAUAUGAAAAAGGGUGAAGAGAAAAUCGAACGUGAAAAAAUUGUUUUAUGGCGUCGACCCGUUCAAACUUUAAUUUAUUUCACAAGAGAAUUAAAUUAUAAUAGAAUAACAUUUGGUGAAAAGGCGAAAAAAUACAAGGCAACCGUCAUUAUUUCUUCUGCUUUGUUAGGUUUAUUUUACAUGUUACUUCAUACGGAUGGACCUCAUCAAAUUUAUUGUCAGCUAGUCAAAGGAAAAGCAAUUUGGUGUUUAUAUUGGUUAGGUCUUGGAAUUUUAUCAUCUGUCGGUUUAGGUACUGGUCUUCAUACAUUUCUACUGUAUUUGGGACCCCACAUAGCAUCUGUAACUUUAGCCGCUUAUGAAUGUGGAUCGCUCAAUUUUCCAGAGCCUCCUUAUCCCGAUGAAAUAAUAUGCCCUGAAAGAAAUGAUGUCAGGUGGGGGCCAAGCAUAUUUAAUAUCAUGUCAAAAGUUAGAUUAGAAGCCAUGAUGUGGGGAGUUGGAACUGCUCUAGGUGAAUUACCACCAUAUUUUAUGGCUCGAGCUGCCAGAUUAUCUGGAUACGAUCCAGAUGAUAAAGAAGAUCUGAAGGAGUUCGAAGAACUUAGAAAGAAGAAACAAAAUUCCGAUUCUUUGAGCAUGCUCGAUCGUGCCAAAUUAUUUGUAGAAAAAUUGGUUGAAAAAGUUGGAUUUUUAGGAAUAUUAGCUUGUGCUUCGAUUCCAAAUCCGUUAUUCGAUUUGGCGGGAAUUACCUGCGGUCAUUUUCUAGUCCCCUUCUGGACAUUUUUUGGAGCGACGGUUUUGGGAAAAGCCGUCAUUAAAAUGCACAUACAAAAAAUGUUCGUUAUAAUUGCUUUUAAUGAAUCGCUCGUGGAAAAAGCUGUCGGAUUUCUCGGAUACGUUCCUUCGAUAGGUCAUAAACUUCAAGAACCUUUCAAAGAUUUUUUAAUUAGGCAAAAAUUAAAACUUCACAGGCGUUCGGAAUCUGAAGCACACGUGGAAGGAGGAAAUUUAUUAGCUUCCAUAUUUGAAAAAUUUGUCAUAGCCAUGGUUAUAUAUUUUAUACUGUCUAUAAUUAAUUCAUUAGCACAAAGUCACUACAAGAGAAUAUGCAAAGAAAAAAAAGCUAAACAGACAAAAGAUUAG